UAUAACUUAUUCAUCAUGUCUGGUCGUGGUAAAGGUGGAAAAGUUAAGGGAAAGGCAAAGUCCCGUUCUAACCGUGCUGGAUUACAGUUUCCAGUUGGUCGUAUCCAUCGUUUAUUACGUAAGGGAAAUUACGCAGAACGUGUUGGCGCCGGAGCACCCGUAUAUCUUGCUGCUGUCAUGGAAUAUCUGGCCGCUGAAGUUUUGGAAUUGGCCGGCAAUGCCGCACGUGACAAUAAGAAGACCAGAAUUAUUCCCCGUCAUCUCCAAUUGGCCAUCAGAAAUGACGAGGAAUUGAAUAAAUUGCUUUCUGGAGUAACAAUCGCUCAAGGUGGUGUUCUACCAAACAUCCAAGCCGUCCUCUUACCCAAGAAGACCGAGAAGAAGACGUAAAUUACGUUUCAAACAUAAACGAAAGGCCCUUCUCAGGGCCACCAUAUUCUUCUAUUGAAAAGAUUUUAUAUCAUCUUUG